AUGGCGAGGGCGACAUCAAGUACGAGAGGCUACUUAGUACGGCAUGUGCCUUUCCCGGCUACUAUCCGCGCACUGCCACAUGUUCUCAAGACGAUUGAUGAGAUGUUGAUGUCGUUUGAGGAGGCGCUGGUGGCAGCGGCAAGGAUCAAGGACGGUGGGUGGGUAUUGCUGCUGCUGAGGCGUUACGAGUUCCCAUUCAAGAAUGAGUGUUUGCACUUCGCGGCGAUGUGUGCCGCUGCAAACAACCAGGAUGAAGUGGCCAAGCGGCUGAUCCAUGAUCUGGUCACUGCUCCGAGUGCUGUUGCAGACAGUGAAGAUGAUGCUGGGCGUGAUGCACGCGUAGUGAUACUGAAGAUGGCGUUUAAGUCUGGAAACUACGACUUCGUGAAGUCGCUCACGAGGACUGUGGCACCGUGA